CCUGGCACCGUUGGGGCCAAAACGGAGUCUGGUUUGCGACGGUCCGUUGCGUUAAGCGCCGGUUGGCUUGAACAGCGGCAGCCAGUGCCUUAGUGCCUUUCUGCUAAUUUAUAUCCCCUCACCAUCCAAUCAUCCAAUAUGCUUAGCGCCAGGAUUGAUGAGUCGCUGCUUUUACUUAUAUGGGCAUGGCUCAGCCGCGGGUUGCUGGACUGUCCGGACUCGCCUUCGCGCUGCGCGGUCCAGCUUUAUCAUUCAUUCCCUCUGCGCUGUUCCCCCGCCAGCCCAACUAUCCAACAUCGCGAAUUCCUCUUCGAGUCUUGAUCAAUUCUGCUAAGACAUGCAUUCGACGACCUCUCCUUGAUAUAUUCCAACCAACAUGGCGGCGUUCCGCACACAAUCCCGGCGACGAACCGCUCUGAUCACCCUCGGCCUGGUCGCCGUCUUCACCUGGACCUUCGCAUCCUGUCGAUCGCGCACUCCCACCACCUCUACCAGCCAUGAGCAAUUCUGGACCGAGUUCCACCCUCUCUUGGUGGCCUCAGAUCCCCACGCCAAUAACCCAGUGAGGAUCAGAAAUGCCGAAUCCGUGGGCUUCGACCCCAAGAACGCGGACCCGCUACCUGAUCUCCUCCGACUCACUCGAGAAGACGUCUCAAACAUGAGAGUCGCACACAGCAAGUUCCUCGAGAGCAUCAAUCUGAACCAACCGAGACUUCACUACCAGCCACACACCCGCGGUCUUGUCUCGACCGCUGGCGGCUCCUACCUCCCCGUCCUCGUUAUCUCCCUCCGCAUGCUGCGCCAGAGCGGCUCCACCCUCCCCAUGGAAGUCUUUCUCGCCAAUUGGGACGAAUACGAUGGCUAUGUCUGCCAGGUCGUCCUUCCCUCCUUAGAUGCGCAAUGUGUCGUCCUGUCCGAGAUCCUCGACGCCAUCCCUGACAGCAAGUCCGCCAUCGAGAAAUACCAAUACAAAGUCUUUGCCAUGCUGUUCUCCUCCUUCGAGGAGAUCCUCUUCCUCGACGCAGAUGCAUUCGCGCUCCAGGACCCAGAAGUCCUCUUCAACUCCGACCCAUUUCACUCCAAGGGUCUCGUCACCUGGCCAGACUUCUGGCGGCCCACGACAUCCCCCUUAUACUACGAGAUCGUAUCUCAGGACCAAAAGCCCAAGACAACUGAUGGCGAGCAACCCAACCCCGCUAUGAUCCGCCAAUCCACCGAAUCCGGGGAAGUACUGCUCUCCAAGCGCACGCAUGCUCGCACCCUUCUCCUGGCAGCUUACUACAACUAUUACGGCCCCAGUCACUACUACCCUCUCCUAUCGCAAGGCGCGGCCGGCGAGGGAGACAAGGAGACCUUCCUCGCUGCCGCCAUCGCCCUCAACGAGCCCUUCUACCAAGUCAGCGAGCCCAUCCGGGCAGUCGGUCGAGGCACCCCUGAUGGAUUUGCCGGGUCCACCAUGGUCCAGUAUAACCCGAUCGAAGACUACAUCCUGACAAAGAAGGGCGAAUGGCGCAUCAAGGGCUCUUCGGUGCCCCCGCCACAGCCAUUCUUCGUCCACGUCAACUUCCCCAAAUUCAACCCGGCCACGGUCUUCACCGAUGGUGGACCCGUGGUGGACGAGCGGGGGAAGUAUACGCGAGCGUGGACCGCACCGGAAGAUGUCGUGGAUGCAUUCGGCGGGAAGACAACGGAAAAGGCAUACUGGAAGGAAAUCCUCUGGACAGCGUGCGCCCUGGAGGGUAAGAGUCUAAGUUGGAAGGGACGGACGGACAUUUGUUCCAAAACGGCGGAUUACUGGAGUACGAUUUUUGAGCCGGAGGGGCAGACAGUAGUGUAGUUACUAGUCCCUGGGGGACUUUUAUUUAUAUGAGAUCUUGUACGGGUUACAGGAUAGGUCUUGUAGGAUAUCAGGAACUACUACUAGUACAGGGAUUUCGGUUUGAUAAUAUGACGAGUUACGAUGCUUUGAGGAUCCGUG